UUAAAAGAAUGUAUGGUGGAGACAGCAGGUGUAUUGUGUCCGGAGAGCAAAGACAAAUUUGAAAAAAUCAGUUUAUCACGCAGGACAGUGACUCACCGUGUGGAACUGAUAGAUGAAGAUAUAACCAGCGACUUAAAUAAAAAGGCAGAGUCGUUCACGUUAUAUUCAUUAGCACUGGAUGAAAGCAACGAUGUAAAAGACACUGCUCAGCUCCUCAUUUUUAUCUGAGGAAUUAACAAUACUUUUGAAAUAACGGAGGAGUUUUUGACAAUGGAGUCUCUGAAAGGAAAAACACGGGGAGAGGAUUUGUAUGACCGGGUGUCUGCUGUCAUCGAAAAUAUGAAGCUCCCUUGGAGUAAAUUUAUCAGCGUCACCACAGAUGGAUCUCCUAAUUUGACGGGGAAAAAUGUCAGCCUGCUGAGGAGAAUACAGAAUAAAGUGAAAGAUGAAAAUCCUGACCAGGAUGUUAUUUUCCUUCACUGCAUCAUCCACCAGGAAUCUCUAUGUAAAUCGGUAUUACAGCUGAAUCAUGUUGUGAAUCCUGUCGUAAAACUUGUCAACUUUAUACGUGCAAGGGGACUUCAGCACCGUCAGUUCAUCACGUUCCUGGAGGAAACUGAUGCGGAUCACCAGGACCUACUUUAUCACUCCCGUGUCCGCUGGUUAAGUUUGGGCAAAGUGUUUCAACGAGUAUGGGAGCUCAAAGAGGAGAUCGGUGCAUUUUUGGAGUUACUGAGGAAGGCCGGCGAAUUUCCUGAGCUGAGCAACAAGAGCUGGCUUUGUGACUUUGCGUUUGCUGUGGAUAUAUUUUCACACAUGAAUGAACUGAACGUGAAGCUACAGGGGAAGGAUCAGUUUGUGCAUGACAUGUACACAAACGUGAAAGCCUUUAAGUCCAAGCUGGCUUUUUUCUCCAGGCAAAUUUCAAAUAAGUUAUUCACUCAUUUUGCCACACUAGCCACGCUGGAAGAGGCUGGCGCAAAUGUGAAAAAAUACAGCGAGUCACUGGAUGCGCUGCACAGAGAAUUCUGCCGUCGCUUUUCUGAUUUUGAAAAAAUUGACAAGUCACUUCAGUUGGUGGCCUGUCCCCUGUCACAAGAUCCUGAAACAGCACCAGAGGAGCUACAGCUGGAACUGAUCGACCUUCAGUCUGACCCCGUCUUAAAAGAGAAGUUCAACUCUCUUAAACUGAAUGACUUUUAUGCUUCACUUGGUAAAGAGGUGUUUCCAAACCUCCGGAGGACGGCAUAGAAGAUGCUGGCGUUGUUCGGCUCGACCUAUUUGUGUGAACAGGCGUUCAGCGUCAUGAACAUCAACAAAGCCAGCCACAGAUCCAAGUUAACUGACCAACACCUCAGAUCCAUCCUGAGAAUCGCCACAACAAAACUAAAUCCAGACUUUGAUGCGCUGGCUAAAAAGGGAGACCAACAACUCUGUUCCCACUGAAAUUAAAAAUAAGUUUCUUCGUUGUGGAGAACACACACUGAUCUUCACUUAGAGGUCAUCAGUGGAAAGGGUGAAGAGCAUCAAUGCCUCAGAAGAUUCUUUUUUGGGCCAGACAUGAAGAAGGACAGCCAGUGUCUCUAAUUCAUUUGGAAUUUGAGGAGAUUCAGUAUGUCUCCAAAGACUCCAGCUAAUUUCUACAGAUGUUCGGUGGACAUUCUGAGAGGCUACAUCACUGCCUGGUGUGGAAGCUCCAACGGGCAGAGUCAAGAGAGGCUGCAGAUGGUGGUGGACUCAGCUAGUUCCAUUAUGGGCACCAUCAAGGACAUUCUCAAAACGUAGUGCCUCAAGAAAGCUGCAUCCACUAAUAAGGACCUUCACCUUCUGGGACAUGCCCUCUUCUCAUUAGGGAUCAAGUACAGGAGCCUCAAGAUCUACACUCAGCAUUUUAGGAUCAGCUUCUUCCUGUCUGCCAUCAGAUUUCUGAAUGAUCCAUGAAUCAGUCAAUACUACCUUGUUAUUCCACUUUUGCACUAUUUAUUUAUUUUUUAUUUUAUUGUAACACUUGCUAGAUACUUAUGCUUUGCACUGCUGCUACAAAACAAGUUUCAUGACUUACAUCAGUGAUCAGUGUUGAGAAGUGUAUGAUUAAUCACUUUGAUAGAAGAAAUAAAAAGGUUGACUAUUUUCUAAAUGGAGAGAAAAUACAGAAAACUGAGGUGCAAAGGGACCCGGGAGUCCUUGUGCAGGAUUCCCUAAAUGUUAAUUUGCAGGUUUAGUCUGUAGUAAGGAAGCAAAUGUUGUAAUGUUGAGACUUUAUAAAGCACCUGUGAGGCUUCACCUGGAGUAUUGUGAGCAGUUGUGGGCCCCUUACCUUAGAAAGGACAUUCUGAAACUGAAGAGGAUUUAAAGGAGGUUCACGAAAAUUAUUCCAGGAUUGAAUGGCUUGUCAUGUAAAGAGCGUUUGAUGGCUCUGGGGCUAUAUUCACUAGAAUUCAAAAGAAUGAAAGAUGACCUAAUUGAAACCUAUUGAAUGGUGAAAGGCCUUGACAGAGUGGGUGUGGAGAGUCUAAGACCAGAGGAAACAACCUCAGAGUAGAGGGCAUCCUUUUAGAAUGUCAAGAAGGAGGAAUUUCUUUAGCCAGAGAGUGGUGAGUAUGUGGAAUUCUUUGCCACAGGCAGCUGUGGAACCCAAGUCUUUAUCUAUUUAUGGCAGAGGUUGCUAGUUUCUAGAUUGGUCAGGGCAUGAAGAGAUACGGCGAGGAGGCAAGAGAUUGGGGCUGAGAGGAAAACUAGAUCAGCCAUGAUGAAAUGGUGCAGCAGACUCGAUGGGCCGAGCGGCCUGGUUCUGCUCCUAAAUCUUAUGGUCUCAUAAUAAACAUGGUUCUGAUUCUGAUACAG